AGCUAGCGCAGCUCGCGACGAGCCCAGUGAGGACCAGGGUCACACCGAGAGGCCGGAGGGGGCUCCAGGCAGCCUGGAGCUGACGGCGCCGGGCUGCGUCCUCUUCACCUGGGGGUGGGGGGUGGGGGCACCUACUUUGUGACCCGGCUGGUGCCGAGCUCCCUCUACCGUGGGAGCUUGCAGGGGUGCGGGGGUGUGAGUGGCGCUCCGCGGACUCGCGUCUACAGUACAGAGGACAUGCAGGGUUCGGCCGGGGGGCGGCUGCACCGGGGCCUGCCUCGUGGACCUGGACUCGGGACUCCGGGCGGCGCUGCCCAGUGCCAUUGCCUCAGCCACGUCUCCCACCUCUCUGCUCUGUUUCCCGCCCCACCUUUCCCUUACUCCCGCAUCCCUGUCUCCUCGCUUCCCUCCGCGACGCCUCCAUCCGAGUAUGAAACGAAGCUGAACGCAUUGGUAACUGUGCUCAAGAAGAUACAAUCGCGGGAGCCCUCAGGGUGGCGCACGGCGGAGAGGCGACGCGGGUGGCGCUGCAGAGGAGUCCCCACCCCCUCCGGGGACCGGGGCCCCGGAGCUGCCAGGCCCGCUGCACGCGGCGGCGCGGGAGAAACCACGGGACAGCAGCGCCCCCUGCAGGUACCGGGCGCCUCCACAGCCGCUGCGCCGACCCUACUCUUAAGGUGGCACCACCGGGUUCCCAGCCCGCGUGCGCGGCUCUCGUGGUCCGCAGUCCGCAGCCCUGGCUCCAUCGCUGCAUUUCCCUCGAGCAGUGGGCCUGACCGUCUGGAACGGCCGGAGUGUGCUAAUCCCUGCUGCUAUCUGCUUGAUCCCUUGACCCUACCCCUGCAGGACUUCGUCCGCGGAUGCCCAGAUAGCGAUUUCGACAGGCGAGAUUGAAAAUUCCCUGCGAGUAUAUAAGGAUGCGUAAGUCUCGCUUCAGGGAGGAACGACCAGAAUGGCAUUUCUUUAAGCCUAAAUCAAACUUUUAUUUUCGUUUAUAAAAAGCAGAAGGCCAGCAUGAAGGGGUCGCGGAGGAUUGGCACUUCCACAACCGUAGGACUCUUAGAUACAAGUUUUUAGGGUGAGACUGGGCGGUCCGGGGUUCUCCUUCGGCGCUCCUAUCUCGCAAACUCGUGGGCAGGUGCGGUGCUAGAGGCCGGGGGCAGCGGCGGACCCGCAGGGUAACCUCGUCUCGCGCACCUCUCGAGCCCCCAGCAGCAGCCCACUCUCGUCCGCAUGCUUUAUUUAUUUGGUGAUACCAGGGAAAGUGGAGAAGAUCGAAGUGCAGUUUUUCUUUUUUCUUUAUUUUUAACUUAAUGGUAUUAAGUAAAUGGUAUGUGUAUGUGAACCCACAAUCUCUUGGAAAUAAGUGUCCUCAGCGAACUCCAGAUUUCUAGGGGAAACCUACGUGCCCAGAGCAGGAAACGCACAAGCCAAUCCAGGUUCCGGUGCCAUCCGCAGUAAAUUCCCUUCCUUUUGCACCAAAUUCCUCCUCUGCUUCCAGGAGAGGGACCCCCGGGACUGCCGCACACCCAGGACCGGGAGCAGCUGAGCAGAGGGCAGGUGCGAGGGCGCGGGGGAAGGGAGGCUGCCUGCGGACCUGGGGCGCGCAGUUUCCCAGCACCGUGGGAACCUCCAACCCCGGGGCGCUCGGCUUAGGCUCCGCCCUGCCAGGCCUGGGGCCCAGCGGCCCACCUAGUGGGUCCUACCUCGGGGAAACCGAGUCCGCGAGGGGGUCUGGCCGCCGCGAGGGAAGCUCGCCUGGGCAAGUGCCGCGCGGGGUCAGACCCUCCCCAGGGGUUGCAAACCGCAAGCGAAAGUCGAGAGGGGCUGGAGCUUUUCCUCUAAUCCGUUUUACACUGUGAAAACCGCAAGCCUGUCGCCCAGACGGCCCCUUUUAAAUUGGGAAGCAAAUAGACGAAAAACCAAAACAAACGUAGGAGCAGACUUUUCCCAGCUAAGUUUCCCCUCAAUAAAAAGCUCGCUUUCUGGGAAAGAGAGAAACUGA